AUGGAUCCUGCGGGGAUCGCGGGAAUCACUGAAACCGCGAAUAUUGCGGGAAAUGCAGGAAAUGUGGGACGCGCAGCAGCGAGCGUGUCGCUGGUGCUGUCAGAGGGCGCGUCGUCGGAGAUUCUCGCGUGCUCCUUCCUGAUGGCCACCACCAUGCUCGUCGCUUACAUCUCUAAGAAACACCACUGGGUCUACUUCCCUGAAUCCUACGUGCAGGCACCAACGCUGCUCUACAACCUGGUGUUCGGAGAGAGCCUUGUCAACGACGCCGUCUCUAUCGUGCUCUUCCGCACCUUCGCCUCCUUCACCAACCAGGAGUUCUCUAUGGCCAGCAUUGCCACUGCAAUAGGUACGUUCUCACAUUCAUCUGGCAUUGUAUGCACGAACCUCAACCUGCUUCUUCACCAACCAGGAGUUCCCCUGGCCAGCAUCGCCACUGCCAUAGAACUCAAAUUUGCAUCCUUCACCAACCAGGAGUUCUCUAUCGCCAGCAUCGCCAUUGCCAUUGUCCAAUUUCUGGGCAUAAGCGUGGGCUCCAUCCUGCUAGGCAUCCUCGUGUCCCUCCUCUGCGCCCUCAUACUCCGAUUCAUCGACAUCAACAGCGAGUUCUCCAAGUUCGAGCUCUCUCUCGUGCUCGUCUCGGGCUACCUCUCCUACUCCGUGGCUGAAAUGCUCUCUCUAUCCGGCAUCAUGGCUCUCUUCUUCUGCGGCAUCUGCAAUGCACACUAUGGGUACGCCCUCUCGCUUCCUAUGCAAGGCGGGUCACAGGCAGCCAAGUUCGAGCUCUCUCUCGUGCUCGUCUCGGGCUACCUCUCCUACUCCGUCCCUGAGAUGCUCUCUCUAUCCGGCAUCAUGGCGCUCUUCUUCUGUGGCAUCUGCAAUGCACAUUACGGGUACUACAACAUCUCACAUGCGUCCAAGAUCAGCAGCAAGUAUGCGUUUGAAGCGCUCUCCUUCAUGGCCGAGAUGUUCGUCUUUGCCUACCUGGGCAUGCAGGUGGUGGUGAUGCAGCAUGUGAUUGACUGGGGUCUACUUCUCUCCGCCAUUCCUCUCUGCCUCCUAUCUCGAGCCUUCAACGUCUUCCCUCUCUCGUUCCUCUCCAACUGCACUCAAUCCAACAAGAUCCCCACCAACAUGAUUCUAAUGAUGUGGCUCAGCGGGCUAAGGGGCGCCAUUGCCUUCGCCCUCGCUCUCAACAUGCCGCAGCGCAACCCUGCCAUCAUCUCCACCACCCUCUUUGUCGUUGUGCUCACCACCGUCGCCGCUGCUGAAACACAUUCUGGACUCCUUUGCCUUGUCGUGAAGGGCGAUGAGUUGAGUUGA